CUCACAUGAAUGAGCUGAACGUUUUCAUAUAUGAAUUGUUGUCGUCGCACAAAAAUUGUGGAACGAAGAACAAAUGAUCUCAAUAGUGUGAUUGCUGUGAAGCGUGCGUCACACAAUAAAGUUUACAAACAAUCCUUGAACACACCUGAAAACAACAUAUUUGAGCAUUAAUACCUGCCGGUGUGAACCUCGUGAUUUCCUCCAGGAUGGAGGUUUACAGGAGGACACUGCUCAUAAAGCAUCUGGAGCCAGCCAGGCCGCUGCGCCGCUGCACACAAGCUGAUGAGCCUCAAAUGAACGCAGCUUCAUGGGCACAGGCCGUGGAACCAGAGACUACAGUGGACGUAGAGCAGUUCUGCAAGAUUGUCAGCCUUCAUCAGAACAAAGAAGCAGAGAGACUUAACUCCCACUGAGGAUAUUUGCACGUGGUCUGACUUUUUUGCAGUGUUUUUCUUUUUUUAUUGUUGUUUGCCUUUUUUUUUGUAAUUGAAUUUAACUGUGUGGCUUUUUUUGCAUGUCUUGUUUACUUUUAUAACACUUGACUUGAAUCUUUGGUUGUGAUUUUAUUUUUGCUGUGUAACAAAAACUUUUGCAUGUUGUGUGAAACUAUUGUCUAAGCAAGAAGAGCUGGUGUUUUCUCAGGUGCUGAAGUCAACGACGAACACUGUAACAAACACUGUAACAAACACUGUAACAAACACUGUGACAAACACUGUAACAAACACUGUAACAAACACUGUAACAAACACUGUAACAAACACUGUGCCUAACAUUAGUCCAGAUGGAAAUAGUGAUAGGAUUGACGUUACUGUGUGUGUACUCCGUGUGUGUACUGUGUGUACAGAUAUUUGCAAACACAAACCCAAUUAAAAGGUGAAUGCACCACAGCUGUGCAGAAUCUAA